GCGAGGCAGCAAGGAGGCCGGGGCGGCAGCGAGGUGUUGGCAUGAACAGAAUUCGGAUCCAUGUUUUGCCAUCAAGCCGAGGACGCCUCACUCCUGUGCCGCGGCCACAGGAGCCUCUGUCAUGUGCCUUCACCCACCGCCAGUGCUCCCAGCCACGGCUGGAGGGGCAGGAGUUUUGUAUUAAGCACAUUCUUGAAGACAGGAGUGCCCCUUUCAAGCAGUGCAGUUAUGUUUCAACAAAGAAUGGAAAGCGGUGUCCCAACGCUGCGCCCAAACCAGAGAAGAAAGAUGGUGCGUCGUUCUGUGCGGAGCAUGCCCGUAGGAACGCUCUGGCACUCCAAGCUCAGAUGAAGAAGUCCAGUCCUGGGCCUGUAAGCGAGACUCUCCUUUGCCAGCUUAGCUCUUAUGCCAAAACAGAGCUGGGCUCUCAGACUGCAGAGAGCAGCCGCAGCGAAGCCAGUCGGAUCCUAGAUGAGGACAGCUGGAGUGAUGGUGAGCAGGACCCUAUCACAGUGGACCAGACGUGGCGAGGGGACCCAGACAGCGAGGCUGACAGCAUCGAUAGUGACCAGGAGGAUCCCUUGAAGCAUGCUGGUGUAUACACAGCUGAGGAGGUGGCUUUGAUCAUGCGAGAGAAGCUGAUUCGCCUGCAGUCUCUCUAUAUUGACCAGUUCAAACGGCUCCAGCACCUUCUGAAGGAGAAGAAGCGCCGAUACCUGCACAGCCGUAAGGGAGAGCAUGAAGCCAUAGGCAGCAGCCUUCUGACAGGCCCGGAGGGGCUGAUGGCCAAGGAGCGUGAGAACCUGAAGCGCCUGAAGUGCCUGCGCCGCUACCGGCAGCGCUAUGGCGUGGAGGCCCUGCUCCACCGGCAGCUGAAGGAGCGCAGGAUGCUGGCGACCGAUGGCGCUGCCCAGCAGGCACACACCACCCGCUCCAGCCAGAGGUGCUUGGCCUUUGUCGACGAUGUCCGAUGCUCGAACCAGUCCCUCCCGAUGACCAGGCACUGCCUUACACACAUCUGUCAGGACGCUAAUCAGACUCUGUUCAAACCGUGUCAAGGCUCCGAGGAAGUGCCCUGCAACAAGCCAGUGCCCGUGAGCCUUUCGGAGGAUCCAUGCUGCCCGCUCCAUCUCCGUUUGCCUCCGCAGAUGUACGUACCUGAGCAGGUGCUGGCUGUCCCUGAGGAGCUGGAAGCUGCCCCCACAGAUCUGUACUUGAGUGCUGCUGAGCUCCAGCCCACGGAGAGCUUGCCCCUGGAGUUCAGCGAUGACCUGGACGUGGUGGGCGAUGGCAUGCAGUGUCCUCCGUCCCCUCUGCUCUUUGAUCCUUCUGUGGCCCUCGAUCAGUCCCUUAGAGAAGUUGCCGAGGCCCCCAUAGACAUACUGGCCCUGGAGGAGCCUUCCCACCCAGGUCUCCCUCUGCAGACGGCACCGACGGACAGAGGGAGCUCCUCUGCUCACAUCUUCUCUCCGGCCACCGAGCCUCCAGCUGAGCUGCCUGUGCAGGUACAGCUGGGAGAGCACGAGCGGCUUCCAGCCGUAGCACAGCUCUUGCUCUGGCUGAACCACAGCUCUCAGGGCUCUGGAGGAUGUGUCUUCCCGGGGGAGGGGAGGAGGAGUCCCUGUUUGCCCUCCAGACAUGCAGCCAAGCCCUGGGUGGUUGCUCUCCCAUGCAGCGGGAGUUCGGACCAGUGCUACGCCCACGGUCUGGAUGAUGUUAGAAGUGUUGAGGGGGUGGCAGCCAGAGCCUGUCCCCGGGGCAGUGGUGGAGGACGAGCAGUCGCCUCUUCUCCGUGGGUGGCUCAGUGCCACCCUCUUCCUGUGCGUGGGACGGGUGUCGCAGGAGCUGUCUGGGACGUGGUGGAGAUGUCUCACAGGCUGGGGACUACCGGCUGUGGGAAGCCCAUUUUCUCCCAUCUGGGGAUUUUAAGGGGAGCUGUCAUCUUCUGGGCAAAGGGCUUCUGCUUUUUGCUUCUUUUGAGUCUCAUUUUUCACUUGCAAUUCACUCCUCUUGUGUCCUGCCCGGAGCCUGUGGCUUGCUCUGGACAUGCCCGCAGGGCGUCAUCUUUGGAGAUGUCCUCAGACGUCCCACCCUGCAUCCCCUGUCACCCCUCCAACGCUGUCCCUGCAGUCGAGGAGUCCCUGCAGUGCCUCUCCCCUGCUGGGAGCCAAGUGUUGGGGUGGGGGGACCCCAACCCUGGAGCACGCACUCUCCCCCCAGGCCCUGAAUGAAGACCACCGGUUUGCAGUAGCCGUUGGUUUCAAGCAGGAGCCCAGAGGAAACGUCUCCCAGUCUGUUGGCGCUCCCAUCCCCAUGGAACGACCAAUUCGUGUGGGAGCGACAACAGCCUGGGCUUGCCCUCGCCUCUGCCCAGGCAAGUCCUGCUGCAGCCAGCCCACCAUCCCUUUUC